AUGUUGAAACUUCUCGCUCUCCUCUCGAUCUUCGCCACAGUUUGCUCAAUAAAAUUCAAUUUGGGUGCUCAAAAUGCGAUCGUAAAUCGACACAACAGUCUUCGAACUCGAAUUGCAAACGGAAUUCUCGAUAUAAACGGCGUGCAACACGGUCCAGCUUCAAAUAUCCGACUUCUUCGCUGGAACAAUACACUAGCCAGAACUGCAGAGAUCCACGCGAAUUCUAAACCAACUGGUCAUUCGAAAGGUGCAAUAAAUGGUGAAUAUGGUGAGAAUCUUUGGUGGGCUACGAAAUCUUCGCCAAUUCUAAAUCCCCAUAAUUCUGGAGCAACAGCUUGUGAAGCAUGGCAAUCGGAAUUGACGAAACAUGGAUGGCCAACUAAUUUGUAUUCGAAGAAUAUUGCAAGAGCCACACAGAUGGCUUGGGCGGAAACUGAUCAAAUUGGAUGUGGUGCAGCGGUUUAUAAAGAGGGAAAGGUGUAUAAAAUUGCGAUUGUUUGUCAGUAUACACCAAAGGGAAAUCUACCGGGGAUGGCGGUUUAUAAGAAGGGACCGACUGGAAAGGAUUGUAAAUUUAAAAUUGUUCAGGGUUUGUGUACCAAAAUGUGA